AUGUCUGAUUCAUCCAUACAGCCAUCAUCACUCAUAAAACCAUCCGCAGAUUCAACUUCGACACUUGUUAUACCAACACCAGCAUUUCCAUCCUUCAAUUCUUUUCCAACCCAGUUUCUUCCUGCACUUCAGGACGUAACAACAUCUGCAUGGGUUGAACCCACUGCAAAAACAUACUCGACACUUUCUUCAGAUUCAGACACUCAUUCCUUCAAGCAACUUAAAAAAUCCAAGAAACGGAGUCAUAAACAUAAAUCAUCCAAAUCCAAAAAACAUCAUAAACGAGACCUUGACCAUCACGAUGAUCCACCACCAUUUUAUAUUGACAAAAAAGGAUGUUUGGAUAACAUUUUGUACGAGGGAGUCAGAAACUCGGAUAUACCGUUAUACAAACGGGUCAGGGUUGAACUAUUAGGUGCAACAGAUCAUAGAUGGAGAGUAAUAAGUCGUGGUGUAAUGGGUCAAGCUCGAUUGAUCCGACUCGAAUCCAAAGGAAAUCGAUUGAUCACUUCUGAUAUGACAAAUCCAGAGCGAUACAAAGUAUUCAAGAGUAUGUUGCGUUUAAAUCCAGAACGAGUUUUGGCACCCAAGCGUAUUCAUGCAGUGUCAGAUUUCAAUCAUGCAUCAAAACAUGCUUUGGAUUUUAUCAAAUUGCAGGAUGAUAAUCAAAUGGAAAAUGUAGACCAAGACUCCCAGUUGGAUUUAAAAGUGUUUGAACAGGAUUUGGCAUUUCAAUCUAAAUCCAAAGAAGCUGAUCAGCUUAUUCGUAGGAAUGUCAAAAAUCCUGAUGCUUGGCUGGCAUUUGUCAAGAUCCAAGAUGAUUUGUUGGUGAAUGUUUCAAAUCAAAAACGUGGUGCUAUGCAACGGGUUAUCACAGAAAAAAAGAUGUCGAUCAUUGACAAGGCACUUAAAUCUCUUCCCAGAGAUGAACGUAUUUUGUCUGCAUACAUGGAUUGCAUCAUGCAACUACACGAUGUUGAAAAUGUUCUUUCAAAAUGGGAUGAUAUCAUUCAAGAAAAUCCAGACUCGUUUAUGCUGUGGAUAAAAUACCUUGAUUUCAGACAAACUCACUAUGCACAGUUUUCUGUCAGUCAAUCUUUGGAAGCAUUUCAAGAGUGUCUUGAAACACUGCAAGAAAACGAUCAAGAUAUCAGUCUUGAGAGUGAAACCAAUCUUCUUCAUGUAUUCACGCGUGCUUGUGCAUUACUAUCGCAGUCUGGAAAUACUGAGCGGUCUAUAGCGACAUUUCAAGCCAUGAUUGAAUUUUCGUGUUACUGUCCUGCUGCGUUUCAUGGACAGACAUUCAAACAGCGAUUGGAUUUGUUUGAAUCAUUUUGGGAAAGUGAAUGUGCCCGAUUUGGCGAGCCUAGUGCAAAAGGCUGGGAGAAAAGUUUGUUUAACGUGGAUGAAACACCCUCGUUCAAGUAUACUGAUAAAACUGUAUCCGAUCUCGCAUUGGAGGAGGGCCAAGAGGAUUCGUACGAGCAUUGGGCGGCCCGUGAGCUUUGUCAUCAACAGCUGGAAUGGUUUCCUCUGCGCGGAGCUGAUGCUGAACUUGCGGAUGAUCCGUUCAGAACUGUUCUUUUUGAGGAUAUCCGUGGUCUGAUGUUUGAUAUAAAGCACCCUGAAACAAAACGAUGCCUUGUAUCCAACUUUUUGAAAUUGCUUGGAGCAUCGUUUCACACUCCUCAAACAUCACAGUCCUUGCCAUCUAAAGACCAGUUUUUGAAUGACGAGAUUGGAAAUCUAGCUGGAUCCACUUUGUUUAUUGUAUUGCCAGAUUCAGCCGUAGAUGAUGGAGAAAUGGGUCAUCAGUCCAAACGAUCAUUGGCGUUUCCUGUACGAUCGUUUCCACUUUCAAUGUGGACAUUAGUUUCAGACGGAAAGUCUUGGCUAUCUAAUUUUACAAGCGACGAUGCUGAUCUAAUUGAUUUUCUUGGAAUUGGAAAGCGGUCCAUGAUUGGCAUUAUCAUUCAGCAAAGCCAUUUGCUUUUUAAAGACGAUCCUUGGCUGUUGCCCAUGUUGCUAUCCAUUGAAGCUUCAUCACAUCCAAAAAGGGUUGAAAAAAUGGCCAAAACGCUCUUGAAAACAGAUCGCAUGAAUCUUGGACUUUGGAAUGCCUAUGCGCAAGUUCUUGAACGUCGUGGUAAAAUAGAUGAGGCUAGACAGGUGUAUUUAACUGCCCUUGCCUCAUAUCCAAGCUUUCCUUCUGAACACCAAUCUAUGGUGACAUCUGUGUAUACACUUUUGGCAAAUUUGGAAGCAAUGCAAAAUCAAUACGUUGCUGCAAUGAAUGUGUUGGUUGCUUUGGCGGAACGGAAACCUUUAGCUAAUGAUUAUGCAACUCAACCACCUGCUCCAACCCGAUUACUCAAAGUAAACAAGGCAAGUGUAGCAGUAUUUAAUAAAUGUCGGCAGGCGUUGGUUCAAUUUCAUUCCAGGUACACGACUUUGAAGACAGAUACCCAUUCUACCUCGACUUCUUUUUCAUUGGGGUCAUCCUCGCUUUUAAUUGAGUACAUGUAUGAACUAUGGACACGACUUUUAUAUGUACAUACUGUGUCGGGCCAUGCGUUCAAACCUGCACUGUUGCGAAAUGUGCUUGAGGAAGCAUUAGAAAUUUACCCAACCAACACGCUAUUUCUUACUGUAUACGGAUGGAAUGAGGCAAAAACAGGAAUUGAGAAUCGUGUAAGACGGUUUUUGAGCGAAUUGCAUACCAAAUCGCCAUCUCAUUUGAUUGUGAUAUUUUCGAUUUGGUCUGAAAUGCAUCAAAGAGGGACUAUCAACACUCAUGUUGUUCGAUCUCUGUUUGAAAAGGCUAUCGAGUCUGCCACAUCAAUGCAUUCAGUUUCAAUCUGGUAUAUGGCAAUUGCAUUUGAAGCAAAAAUCGACACAACACAACGGCUCGAUAGAGCCAAAGCACUAUUUUACCGUGGUGUGCGUGAAUGUCCGUGGGCUAAAGAAUUGUAUAUGAUGGCGUUUACAACCUUGUCAUCGGCUUUUACUCGACAGGAGCAGGAACAGGUGUAUGCGUUGAUGGAGGAAAAGGAAAUUAGGAUACGUCGUGUAGCAGAAAAUAUAUGA